CCCGUGCGCGAAAGAGGGGAAAAAAAUCGAAACUUUCCUCGCUGAUCGCGUGAACUCGCUGGAAAGAAUUGGAACAAAGUGAAGAACGAGAAGAAGAAGAAGAAAUCUGUAAGUUCGUUCCAACAGUGUAACAUAUAUCCAUCCUCUUUGGCGAGCGUUGACCAAUAAAAGAUUCCUUCCGUGGGCCAGGUACCCCUCCCGGGCGUUGACCAUCGCCCAUCCCGCGUUGACCGGGAUCCGACGGCUGAGCUCAGUCCGGCCUCCUUCCUAGACCGCGGAGGACCACGUCUUUGAUCCUUCCUUGUCCGCGCAUUGUUUCUACCGCGAAUAAAUGCAAAGGAAGAUCUUUUCUAGCCUAGGGCUCUUGGAGCGAAGAAUGCGCGUUCUUUCUUCCAAUUGGGGCAAGGAUUUCCUCGCCACAGGUUCGUAGAAUUCACGGCUGUAGAUCAUAGAUAGAUCGACGCGCAGCGCCUGGGCAAUGAUCAAUCAAGCGAUUGAUCGAUAGUUUGGGGGGGAAUUUCUAGAUCCAAGAAUCCAUUCCAGCGCAGCCAUGAACGAUCUGAUGAGCCGCUCCUUCUCGGGGCCGCGGAGCUACGUGGAUUUGCGGCACGACCGCGACCUGGAAGCCGGCGGCGAGACGGAGAUGACAGUGGUGGACUCAGAGAGAAAUCUGGCGCUCUUCCUCGAGGAGGCCAACGAGAUCCAGGCCAAGAUGAAGAGCGUGGAGGGAUUGCUCGCGCGCCUCCAGCAGGCCAACGAGGAGAGCAAGAGCAUCCACAAGGCGCAGGCCGUCAAGGCGAUCCGGCAGCGCAUGGACAAGGACGUGGAGCAGGUCCUCAAGCUCGCCAAGUCGAUUAAAGCCCAGCUCGAGGAGCUCGACAAGGCCAACGCCGCCAACCGCAAGAUCGCUGGAUUUGGAGCCGGCACUCCCACCGAUCGAACGAGAACCUCCCUGACCGCGAGCAUGAGGAAGAAGCUCAAGGACAUCAUGGGCGAUUUCCAGGAGCUCCGACAGAGGAUGAAGGGCGAGUACCGCGAGGCGAUCGGUCGGCGCUACUUCACGGUCACUGGCACCGAUCCGGACGAGGAGACGCUGGAGACGAUGAUCGAGACCGGCGAGAGCGAGACGUUCCUCCAGAGGGCGAUCCAGGAGCAGGGGCGCGGCCAGGUGAUGGAGACGAUCCGGGAAAUCCAGGAGCGGCACGAUGCCGUGCGAGAGAUCGAGAAGAACUUGCUGGAACUCCACCAGAUCUUUCUCGACAUGGCGGUGCUGGUUGAGGCGCAGGGCGAGCAGCUCAACAGCAUCGAGGAUCAAGUCCACCGAGCUUCUUCGUUCGUGGCGAGAGGCACCACGAAUCUCCAAGUCGCGAAGAAGCACCAGAGGAGCGCCAGGAAGUGGACUUGCAUCGGGAUCAUCAUCUUGAUCAUCGUGGUCAUCGUGAUCCUGGUACCCAUCCUGGUUAGAGCCAGGAACAACAGCUCCUCGCCGUCACCAUCGCCGAAUCCAGUGACACCAUCGCCGCCACCACCGGUGGCGCCGCCGCCGCCAACUUAGCUUGCUCGAUCUGGUGUAAAAAAAAAACUCUUUUCCGUUAAAGUUUUGAUUUUGGAUGCUUA